CAAAACGUGCACCCAUGGGUGGGGGCUUGGGAAACCCUGGCCUAAGCUAUACAUGUUCGACUUGCAAUUUGAACCCCCACAGUGUCUGAAUGGAUUAUGGGACUGCAUCCUCUUCAAUGCAAACACGUCCUCUGUAUCUUUACCACUUAAAGUCCUACGCUCACAGCCUCUCAUACACCUAAGCUUGUUUCAUACUCUAUCAGACCUGCCUUCAAACAUGAUUUGAAAUCUUUCAAAUACUUUGAGUGUUUGGUCUACCAUGCCUGGAGUGUCAGAUGGGUGGGAUUUGCAGUUUUAAGACUGUUCCAUUGGGUUAUUAAGCCAGGCAUGCUCAAUCAAGCACAGAUAAAGUAUUGGAACCCAGGUCUGUAUCCUAUACAACCACAAACUAUUCAACAUUGCUGCUGAUACAAGUUAGUGACACCUCUACCUCAGUGUUUUCAUUGAACCUUUAACCUUUCUGUCCCUUGCAGAUCAUUGCCAUGGCCCACAACCAAACCAUCCCCCAAAUCAUCCCUCCAUCCCUCACAAAACCCCCCUUGUCCCUUUCUCCGUUCUCCUCCACUACGCCCCCCUCCCUGUUCCUUUCAGCCUCCAACCACGUCCUUAACACCACCAUGUCUGUUUUCGCGGCGAACCAAAGCAUUGUGGGUAAUACCACCUCCACAACCGUAGGGGCACUCAUCCUGGGUCUGGUGUUUCUCCUUGGCGUCCCCGGCAAUCUCUUCAUCAUCUGGAGUAUCCUGGCACGCGCCCGCCGUCGCUCUGUCACCACCCUCCUCAUCCUCAAUCUGGCAGUGGCCGAUGGCUCGCUCAUGGCGCUCACGCCGUUCUUCAUCGUGUACCUUGUGAAGAAGACAUGGAUUUUUGGCGAUAUCAUGUGCAAGAUACUCUUCUACCUGUGCCUGGCCAACAUGUACGCCUCCAUCCAACUGAUCAUGCUGAUGAGCCUGCACAGGCUGGUGGCCGUGGUGUGGCCGCGGCGUGUUGCUGCCCUCGCUGGCCGGAAGGCAGUACUGCGGGGGGUGCUGGUACUGUGGAUCCUGGUGCUGGUCUCAUCCAUCCCCGCGUUGCUGUUCAGGCACAAACUGACGGCCACGUACCCCAACGGGAGGAGCCGUAUGGUGUGUGAGUCAUUUCACAAGCAGCAGAGUCAAGUGGUGCUCCAGUACACGUUGGAGACGGUGCUGGGAUUUGUAGUUCCUUACGGCUUGAUUGUAGGCAGCUACAUCUGCAUCCUGCGGAGGAUCAGACAAACCAGGUUCAGGAGGAGGAUCCACAGUGAGAAACUCAUCCUAACCAUCGUGGUCACCUUCGGAAUCUUCUGGUUGCCCUACCAUGUCAUCAACAUUGUGCAGGUUGCCGCAGCACUUUCUCCUCAAGAUUCAGCUAUAAAAGCAAGACUGGACCCUAUCUGGCAGUCCUGCCGUGCGGUCACAUCAGCCCUGGCAUUCAUCAGCAGCUGUGCCAACCCGGUCCUCUACACCUUCGCCGGCAAGUCCUAUAUCCGGCGGGAAGGCUUUGCCUUCAUGGCCCGUCUGUUCGAAGGCACUGCGCUGGACUCUGGGACCAGGAAGAACCGACAGAACAGCCAGAACAGUCGAGAGAGAGACAGGGAUGCAGAGGGGCUGAAAGAAAAGGAAGGAGAGCUAGAAUCCACGACCAGCGCCAAUGUUGUGAGCCCCAUCUGUGUGAAACCUGUGAAAAAUGUCAAAUAGUGACCCUCUGGGCUGGUAGUUGGACGCUAUGGUGGCAGAACCUAUUUUGAUGGGAAAACAAAGACUGGUUUCCUGCAGUUCGCUCGACGGCCACUAGAUUUAAGUGUUUCCUAAUGACUGACUUACUGACUGAACCAUAUCUCUGUUGUUAGAGGUGCUGCUUCAAGCUCAGCAGGUGAGGGGGGUGAAUUUUAUAAGUGAUCUUACCGGGAUGUCUUGUCUGUCUGACUGCCUCUCUUUCUAUAUGUGUGUGUGUGUGUGUGUGUGUGUGUGUGUGUGUGUGUGUGUGUGUGUGGUGUGUGUGUGUGUGUGUGUGUGUGUGUGUGUGUGUGUGUGUGUGUGUGUGUGUGUGUGUGUGUGUGUGUGUGUGUGUGUGUGUGUGUGUGUGUGUGUGUGUGUGUGUGUGUGUGUGUGUGUGUGUGUGUGUGUGUGUGUGUGUGUGUGUGUGUGUGUGUGUGUGUGUGUGUGUGUGUGUGCGUGCGUGCGUGCGUGCGUGCGUGCGUGCGUGCGUGUGUGUGUGUGUGUGUGUGUGUGUGUGUGUGUGUGUGGUGUACUGCUGUAAGUACAGUAAACAGAGCACUGUAAUAUUUCCCUACUUCUUUUUGCUUCAUAUAUUUUCUCAAAAGCAUUAAGACAUGUUGCCAUGUUGGGCCAGAUCAAGAAAAUAAAACACAAUUUUCUCAGAUUAGAUUUGGCUGCCAUCCAUUGAUUAGGAAACGCUUAAAGGGAGAAGAAGACAACUCACAGAAGAGUCAUGACUGGCUGGCAGGCAAUAGCAUGCAGGUCCUUCACAGUCUGUCCAG